AUGGUUCUCGCAGUCGAUCUUUUGAACCCUACUCCUCAGGCUGAGGCCCGCAAGCACAAGCUCAAGACUCUUGUCCCCGCUCCUCGAUCAUUCUUCAUGGAUGUCAAGUGCCCUGGAUGCUUCACAAUCACCACCGUCUUCUCGCACGCACAGACCGUCGUCAUCUGCGCAGGCUGCUCGACUGUUCUCUGCCAGCCCACCGGUGGCAAAGCCAGACUCACAGAGGGCUGCUCUUUCCGAAGAAAGUAG